CAUCAGACCAGGCACCAAAUCCUCGUGGCUUCAAUUCCAUCACCCGCUCGCCGUGCUCGCGCGUGACGUGCGGUGUGGCUGUGGCCACACCCACACCCUCUCGCCCCGUCGUCUUCGAGCUCCGCCGCCGUGGAUAAAGCCGCAGCCAUCGGACGGGCGCGGAGGGGUAUGGCGCCAUCGCGAGCCGUCGAUCGGACCAACGACGCGGGGGCGGGCGCAGCCGGAGCCGUCGGAUUUCGAGAGAGAGAGAGAGAGAGAGAGAGAGAGAGAGGGUGUCCCGGCCGGCGGGGCCGUGGACUAGUGUAGUGCUAAUUGGUUGGUAGGCUCUCCGUUUUCAACCCGCGUUCGCGCCAACUCGGCAACGCUAAAAGCCACCGCCUGGGAGGCCAGGAAGUACGGGCUACUAGCUAGCUAGCUAGCGCGCGCCACGAGUUCCCGGGCAGACAGCGUACGUACAAGCAAGUGUGACCGUGCGAGGUGUUCCCACAUGGCCGGAUCGGGCGGCGAGGGGGCUCCGCGUCCGGCGAGCUACGGCACCACCCUCAGCGAGUACCUCGACGGGCAGAACGACCACCACCGCCGCGCCGCGUCGCUGGCCAUCGUGCGCUCCGGCGCCGGGGCGCGGGACGGCCCGCGCAUCGUCGACGGGCCGGGGCGGGACGACCGGAGGACGCAGUCGUCCCGCCGCGCCUCCCUGUCGCUGUGGCGCUCUAGGGCCCCGGCGGCCUCGGACUCGUGGAGCUCCGCGUCAGGCGCGGGGGGUGGCAAGGGUGGAGCGGCCUGGCGGAACUGGGGGCCGGUGCGCGCGCUGGCGCACCUCGGGAAGCGCCGCGCGGCGUGCCUGUUCUCGGUCGAGGCCGACGCCGUCCGCGGCCUGCCGGACUCCAUGGAGGGGCUCCGUCUCGCCGUCACCGUGCGCAAGGCGGAGACCAGGGACGGCGCGGUGCAGACCGUGCCGUGCCGGGUGCGCGGCGGCGCCGCGGAUCUCGACGAGACGCUCUUCGUCAGGUGCAACCUCUUCUUCACCGGCGGCGCGGGCACCGGGAAGCCGCUCAAGCUCGAGCCGCGGAGGUUCGUCGUGUCGGUCGUCGCCGUCGAGGCGCGGGGCGCGGCCAGCCUCGGCGCGCACACCGUCGACGUCAGCUCGCUCGUGCUCGACUCCGUCGCCAAGGCCAGCUCCGAGGGACGCCGGGCCAGGUGGUUCGACAGGACGUUCGCGCUCUCCGGCAAAGCGGCCGGCGGAGAGCUGCUGCUCAAGCUGGGGUUUCAGCUUAUGGAUGACGCCGGGCUCAGCCUCUACACGCAAGCGGCGGCGGAGACCACGACGGACGACGUGUUUCCGGCACCAUCUCGCGCGAGGGCUCACAACAAGAACUCCUUCAGUAUUUCAAGCAGGCCUAAGCCCAAGCUUUCACCGCCCGACGCUUCCAUCUCACCAUCCAUGGGGGCUUACAAGCAGCUUCUCGAAAAGCUCCGCAUCGACGAGAAUGGAGAUCCUGUAACGUCUCUGCAGAUACCUCGGAAGCCCGCCGGCGACGACGAGGUUUCCGCUUCCACCACCGACGCCGGGGACAUGUGCAGUCUCCCGGAGUACGAGGUCGUGGACAAGGGCGUUGAAACGGUCAAAGAAGUCGUCCACUACCAGGCUCACCGCGACGUGCUGCGGGAGCUCGACUCCAUUGCCGAGCAGAUCGAGGCCAUCGAGGCGUUGAUGACCAACUGCGAGAAGAAGUCACCCAAGGCGGUGGACCAGCAGCAGCAGCAGCAACUGGAAGCAGAUGAAGAGAUGGUGACUGUGGAGUUCCUUAGGAAGCUUGAGGUGGAGAUUGACAAAAGCAGGCUCAGGCAGCCCGUGACGCCGAGAAGUCAGUCACCGUCGCCAAGGACGGCGCCGCCUCCGCCCGUGGUGCCGGAUUUGGGGCGGGCCAUCGGGCCUGCAGUGCAAACGCGUGACGGUGGCUUCCUGGUGUCCAUGAACCCGUACGACUUGCCACUGGCGAGCAGAGAUGGGCCCCCGAAACUCGCCAUGCAGGUGUCCAGGCCGUUCGUGCUGUCGAGUUCCCUGGCGGCGACCGGGUUCGACGUCCUCCAAAAGAUGGCGGCUGCGGGCGGCGCCGACGAGGUGCGCGGCAGGUUGGCAUCGCUGGGUGGCAUGGAUGAUAUCAUGGGGAAGACGCCGGAGCAGGUGGGUUUCGAGGGCAUCGCGGAGGCGGUCAUCGGCGGGCGGCGCACCGAGGGCGCGACCUCGAGCGCGGCGCGAUCCGUGCAGGUCGUCCGGAAGCUCGCGGCGGCCUUGUCCGAGGGCCGGAGCGAGCGCGUCGCCACGGGCAUCUGGAGCGCGGGCCACGAUCCGGAGACGCUGGAGGAGGUGCUGGCCUUCUCCCUGCAGAAGCUGGAGGCCAUGGCCGUGGACGCGCUCGCGGUCCAGGCCGAGGUGGCCGACGAGGACGCGCCGUUCGAGGUGGCGGCGGCCGCGGGGGACGAGAGCGUGUUCGACGCGCUGGUGCCCUCGGACGACUGGUCCGGCGGGUCGGACGGGCGCGUCACGCUGGUGGCGGCCAUCCAGGUGCGCGACCCGUCGCGGCGGUACGAGGCGGUGGGCGCGCCGAUGGUCGCCGUCAUACAGUCGGCGAGGCUGCUGGGCGCGGCGGGGCACAGCGCCGGGAGGUUCAAGGUGCGGAGCCUGCACGUCGGCGGCGUGCAGGUGAGGCGCCCACCGUCGGACGCCGGCGGGAGCGCGAGCUGGGGCGCGGAGAGGCAGAAGCUGACGGCGAUGCAGUGGAUGCUCGCGCAGGGGCCGGCCCGCGUCGGAAGGAGGGCGCCGACGCCGACGGCGCAGGCGCGGGCGAGGGCGAGGGUGCAGCGGCCCGACGUCGUGUGGAGCCUCUCGUCGCGGGUGCUCGCCGGGAUGUGGCUCAAGACGGUGCGGAACCCGGACGUGAGGAUUGGUUCCAGCAGCACGGAGUUGCAGUCUGAAUCGUGAGUACGUCGCACGUGCAGAUGAGCGCAUCGAGCUAGAUUCCAUGAUGCAUGUCGUAGAUUCCAGUGGCAUAAAUAUGUGGAUGUACAUGUGAGAUCACUGUUGUAGAAUUGUCUUUUUUUUCGAAAAAAUAUAAAUAAUUGUUAGUUUGUGCGGUACGAUACAAUUUUAGUUCGUCAUGUCAAUUUAAGACAUUCAUAUUUACAUUGCUGUGCCUUGGAUCGAUCA